UAGGGGGAGCACAAGAGGAAGCCGACGCCGGAGUCAUCGGGGACCGUGCACUGAGGCUCACCCACGGUACCGUCCAGUCUGCUAGUCGUAGCUGUCGGUGUCUGUCUGCUGCUGUCUCCUGGGCUCUGGGAGCUCUCGGAUUCUGACGGAGAUUAUUGAGUUUGCGGUUUCUCUGCUCGGAGCCAGCGCUUCAGUCCGUUGCGAUCUCGUUGGCAAGUCCAGAUGUGAAGAGCGGAGGACGGUGCCAAGUUAGUGCCAAGUAAGAUAUAUCCAGUUUUGCCUUCUCUCCAGAAUAUGACAGACACUUAGCAUCCAGCAAGAACAUGGCUGCGGCUUACCUGGACCCGAACCUCAACCACACACCGAGUUCAAACGCCAAGUCCCGUCUGAGCGCCGGCAUGGAGCGAUCCCCAGGGACCAUCGAGAGAGUCCUGAAAGUCUUCCAUUACUUUGAAACCAACAGCGAACCAGCCACGUGGGCCAGCAACAUCCGGCACGGGGACGCCACCGAUGUCAGGGGAAUAAUCCAGAAGAUUGUGGACAGUCAUAAAGUGAAAUGCGUCUCCUCUUACGGAUUACGCCUGAGUCACCUGUGCUCCGAGGAGGUUCACUGGCUGCACCCAGAUAUGGGGGUGUCUCAUGUCAGAGAGAAGUACGAGCAGUCCCAUCCGCCGGAAGAAUGGAAGUACGAGCUGAGGAUUCGAUAUUUGCCGAAAGGGUUCCUGAGCCAGUUCACAGAGGACAAGCCCACCUUGAAUUUCUUCUACCAGCAGGUGAAAAAUGACUACAUGGCGGAGAUGGCGGACCAAGUAGACCAGGAAAUUGCCUUGAAGCUCGGCUGUCUUGAGAUCCGGCGGUCGUAUGGGGAGAUGAGAGGUAAUGCCCUGGAGAAGAAGUCAAACUAUGAAGUUUUAGAGAAAGACGUUGGUCUGAAGAGGUUCUUCCCUAAGAGUUUGCUGGAUUCUGUGAAGGCAAAGUCGCUGAGGAAGCUGAUCCAGCAGACCUUCCGCCAAUUUGCCAACCUCAACAGGGAAGAAAGUAUCUUGAAGUUCUUUGAAAUCCUUUCCCCGGUCUAUCGAUAUGACAAGGAGUGCUUCAAGUGUGCUCUCGGAUCCAGUUGGGUUAUUUCUGUAGAACUGGCGAUCGGCCCCGAGGAAGGGAUCAGUUACCUUACAGACAAAGGAUCCAAUCCGACCCAUCUCGCAGACUUUACUCAGGUGCAGACGAUCCAGUAUUCAAGCAGUGAAGACAAGGACAGGAAAGGAGGGUUGCAGCUAAAAAUUUCUGGAGCCCCAGAGCCUCUCACUGUGACAGCCCCCUCCCUCACCAUCGCGGAGAACAUGGCCGACUUGAUAGAUGGAUACUGUCGUCUUGUCCAUGGAGCCUCUGAGUCCUUCAUCAUCAGGCCGCAGAAAGACUUUCCUAUCCGGGGAGGAAUCGAUGGCCCUCUUCAUCCUGAGCUUCCGGGUUCAGAAGGAGAACGAGCUUUGCCAUCGAUACCAAAGCUAGCCAACAACGAGAAGCACGGCGUAAGGGCUCACCCCGUCUCCGUCUCAGAGGAGUUUAGUGGGGACGAAACCGAUGACUAUGCAGAGAUUAUAGAUGAAGAAGAUACGUACACCAUGCCUUCCACUGGCGACUACGAGAUCCAGAGGGACCGGAUUGAGCUGGGGCGAUGUAUAGGGGAAGGACAGUUUGGAGAUGUGCACCAGGGGGUCUUCAUGAGCCCGGAGAAUCCGGCCAUGUCAGUCGCCAUCAAAACGUGUAAGAACUGCACAUCGGACAGUGUGAGGGAGAAGUUCUUACAAGAGGCCUUAACGAUGCGGCAGUUUGAUCAUCCGCAUAUUGUGAAAUUAAUUGGCGUGAUCACAGAGAACCCGGUGUGGAUUAUCAUGGAGCUGUGUACCCUGGGAGAGCUACGAUCUUUCUUACAAGUUCGAAAAUACAACCUGGAUCUGGCAUCGCUGAUCCUCUACGCCUACCAGCUCAGCACAGCACUGGCCUACCUGGAGAGCAAGCGCUUUGUACAUAGGGAUAUCGCAGCUAGGAACGUGUUGGUCUUGUCUUCCGACUGCGUCAAGUUAGGAGAUUUUGGUCUUUCGCGGUAUAUGGAGGACAGCACGUAUUACAAAGCUUCCAAAGGUAAACUGCCCAUCAAAUGGAUGGCUCCCGAGUCCAUUAACUUCCGGCGCUUCACCUCCGCGAGUGACGUGUGGAUGUUUGGCGUGUGCAUGUGGGAAAUCCUAAUGUAUGGCGUGAAGCCUUUCCAGGGCGUGAAGAAUAAUGACGUGAUUGGUCGGAUAGAGAACGGCGAGCGCCUGCCCAUGCCGCCCAACUGCCCCCCUACCCUCUAUAGCCUUAUGACAAAGUGCUGGGCGUACGACCCCAGCCGGAGGCCGCGGUUUACGGAGCUCAAAACACAGCUAAGUACGAUACUAGAGGAGGAAAAACUGCAGCAGGAGGAGCGGAUGAGGAUGGAGUCCAGGAGGCAGGUGACCGUGUCGUGGGAUUCAGGGGGCUCUGAUGAGGCUCCACCAAAGCCCAGCAGACCCGGAUAUCCGAGCCCAAGGUCCAGCGAAGGCUUCUUCCCCAGUCCCCAGCACAUGGUGCAGCCGAACCACUACCAGGUUUCUGGUUAUCCCGUCACCCACAGAAUCCCAUCCAUGGCUGGAAAUAUUUACCCCGGCCAGGCCGCCGUCUUAGACCAUCACGACUCCUGGAACCAUCGGACGCAAGACAUCAACAUGUGGCAGGCUAAUCUGGAGGACUCGGGACCCCUGGACAUGAGGUGUUUGGGGCAGGUUCUACCGACACAUUUAAUGGAGGAACAUCUAAUAAGACAACAGCAGGAGAUGGAAGAAGAUCAGCGCUGGCUAGAGAAAGAGGAGCGGUUCCUGAAGCCUGAUGUCCGGCUUUCCCGAGGAAGCAUAGAGCACGUAGACGGGAGCAUACAGUGUCCGGCUGGAAACCAGCACAUCUAUCAGCCCGUUGGAAAGCCAGAUCAUUCGGCUCCACCAAAGAAACCCCCUCGCCCGGGAGCCCCCAGUCACCUCAGUAACCUGGCCGGGCUGAACAGCGCAGGGGACAGCUACAAUGAGGGAGUAAAGAUUCAGCCGCAGGAAAUCAGCCCUCCCCCAACUGCUAACCUGGACCGCACCAACGACAAGGUGUACGAAAACGUGACUGGUUUGGUGAAAGCUGUGAUUGAAAUGUCAAGUAGGAUCCAGCCGGCACCUCCAGAGGAGUACGUCCCAAUGGUGAAGGGGGUCGGUUUAGCCUUGAGGACGUUAUUAGCGACUGUCGACGAGACCAUUCCUGUUCUUCCAGCCAGCACGCACAGAGAGAUUGAAAUGGCCCAGAAGUUGCUGAAUUCAGAUCUGGCGGAGCUCAUCAAUAAGAUGAAGUUGGCGCAGCAGUACGUCAUGACCAGUCUCCAGCAGGAGUACAAGAAGCAGAUGCUGACUGCCGCGCACGCGCUGGCCGUGGACGCCAAGAACUUACUAGACGUCAUUGACCAAGCCCGGCUAAAAAUGAUUGGACAGUCGAGGCCGCACUAGAAAUCCCACCAUCCAGACUCUGGUUAUAUUCCCGUCUGAAGUGUUUUCCUUUUGGGGAUUACGUUAAGCCUUCCACCAGCGAUUCUGGUCAUGAGCGGGCGGACGUCCCCUCCAGCGCUAGUCAUCGGCAGCCGGUGCCAAGUGACGUUUUAUCCUUUACCCCCCCCAAAAAAAUAGUUCCCGGACAUGUGAUGCGGCCGGCCUGGGCCCCAGUGUCCGUCUCGUGGAGCAAGUAGAGGAAAAGAGGAUCAAGAUCGGGCGUGGCGACGGAGAGCGAGGCUCUGUGAUACCAACCAUCGGGGGUGGGGGGCGGGGGCAGAGCACGCAGCGUCCAUGUGGAUCCAUGAUGGCUGGUGCAACUGGAAUCUCUUUGUCGUCUUCAGAUUUUUUUUAAUUUUUUUUUUUUAUUUCUUACCGUUAAGUCACAAUAUGCUACAAAGCUAUAUUUUGAAAGACUUCGAAUGGAUUGUUCCAUCUCGUCGCGUUUUUACGUUCCCUCUUUUCGGAUGUGUGUAAUGUUUGAAGGCAAUGUGAGACUUGUUGUUUUUUUUAUAAUUUUCUUUCACACAUGGAAUAUAAAGUGCCAGGUUGUGGGGUUUUUUUUUUUUUUUUGUAAGCCAUGUAUGAAGCACGCUGCUGACAUUUGCGUAGAGAGAUCCAGAGCCAUUAUAUAUAUAUCCCAUUUUUUUAUAUUAAA